GUUUGAUUCCUAAAAAAAACAAACAAUGUCAUGCUGGUGAGAUGAAUUACCCUCUUCACACACACACAAUGUACACUCACAGGCUUAUUAAGGAAGGUCAAGACAAGCACAGGCCUCGUACGCAUACAGCAUAAUGCUUCGGCCGACCACAUGCUACCAUAUGCGGCUCCUUCAUGGCCAGGCGCCCUCCCAGAUACCCACGGCAGAGGACGAUCGCCUUCCGUCCACACACCUGACGCCGGCCAACAGGGACAGCGUUGGACGGAGACGUAUUUUCCUACUUCAGUCGCUACAGACGUCAUUUUGCAAUCCAGGCACAGAGUUCAUGACUACUGCUGCCAGGCCAAUCUGUCAACUGAAUUCCUGGUCUGACAACUCACGAACUAAUCUACCAAGGUAUAUAAAAUAUCAAAACUUUAAUAUCUUCACUGCAAGCACACACUAACUGAACAGUCCCCCAAAGACCAGGGAUUUGCUUCUUUGCUAAAUGCAU